AUGAACAACAGAGUCACUUUACCUCCAAUCUCAGAUAUCUUCACCAACAAGAACGUGGGCGCUUUACCACAGCAGCAGCCCCAGUUCGCCAUCCAGAGACCCCUUGUCACGGGGCCUGCUCCCCCAGCAUACGCGGCGAUGCCCGUUUACCUGUACCAGUACAUGUACAACUCGCCCCCACACUACCAUCCUUCGCCUUAUGGCAACGCUUCAUAUACCCCAUACGUGGCAGCUCCAGCGUCAGGAAGCGGGAGCCAAAGCGAAGUCUCUGGGUCUUUGUCUUUGCACAGGGACCUGACGAGCAGCGAGCGCCGCCCGCUGGUUGCGCUGCCCACGUCACCAGGGCUGCCUUCGUCAAAGUCGCUGACGCCAGAAACAAGCAGUUUGGCUACAAGAGCCAGAACGAGAAACAACUUGCCCAAGGAAACUACGUAUAUUUUGUUGAAGUGGCUCAACGACCACUUGAACCACCCAUACCCCAAUUCGUUUGAAAAGACGCAGUUGAUGAUGACCACAGGGCUCAAUCAGCAGCAGUUGAGUAACUGGUUUAUUAAUGCUAGGAGAAGGAAGAUCAAGUUGUUACGCCAGAAGAAGCAGGCUGAAAGAAACUAA